AUGUAUGGUGAAAGAAGCAACGGGAGCCGUGCAUCGUUUAAACGAUGGAUCACAGAGAUACUUAGAGAUUUCGGGCUAUCAACCAAUGAUUUUUAUGGCUCAACUAGUGACUCCGGCCCUGACGUCAAAUGGAUGAUGACGAAGGGAAUUGGCCUCCAAUGGGAGUGGUGUAUGCCCCAUCUCACGAACGCUGCGACUAAAACCGCGUUUGGCAUCGCUUCGCAGCGCAAGGCCUCAAAGAACUUACCAGCCACAGAUAUGGUAUCUCGUAUCGCCAGUACAACAUUCGCUGUCCGUUCCAAUGCUUCAAUGGGGAGCCUGUUCUCAGAGCUUUGCGAAAUGGCAAACGCUGGUGCUACCACACAGCUGAUUGAACACAAAGAGCACAGAUUUAUGGGUUUCGCUAAGGUCGUUCGCCGCUUGCUAGAGAAAUGGGACCAACUCGAAGACUGGUUCCAAGAACGUAUUGAUAAAGCUAUUCGUGAGCGAAAGUCAGCGCCAGAGCCAUUUCGAAUUGCUGACGACAAGAUGAACCUACUGCAGCUGUAUGAACUUCUCAACCCGAUCAUGGCAUUAAAUAUCAAGAGUCAAAAGGAGGACACAAAUCAAGUUGAUGUCCUAUUGUCAGUCUUUCGACUGCGCAAAACAAUUCUGGAUCAAACCCAGCCCGUCAAAGACAAAAUGCGGGCACCAACCGAUCCUCCACUUUUUUUUACCAAGUCCGGGACCUCACGCGACUCGUAA